AAGUGUCCUCCUUUUCUUGCCAUGUCCACACGAAAGCCAUCGCUGACGGACAAGCAGGCUAAAAACGGCACGUCCAAAUAUGUGUUGGAGAGAUGCGCCUCUAUUAACGAGUACUAUGAUAUUGCCUUCAAGGUGAUGCUCCUUGGAGAUUCAGCGGUGGGGAAGACCUGCGUCUUGGUGCAAUUCAAGGAUGGGGCAUUUCUGGGAGGCAACUUUAUAGCCACCGUUGGGAUAGACUUUAGGAACAAAGUGGUGGACGUGGACAACUUGAAAGUCAAGCUGCAGAUCUGGGACACGGCUGGCCAGGAGAGGUUCCGCAGCGUAACGCACGCCUACUACAGAGACGCUCAGGCGCUGCUCCUUCUUUACGACAUCACCAACAAGCCGUCAUUUGACAACAUCAGGGCCUGGCUGACUGAAAUACAUGAGUACGCCCAGAAGGAUGUGGUCAUCAUGUUGCUCGGCAACAAGUCGGACAUGACCGCAGAGAGAGUGGUGAAGAUGGAGGAAGGGGAGAAGCUGGCCAAGGAGUAUGGAGUGCCGUUUAUGGAGACCAGCGCCAAGACGGGAGUCAACGUUGAGCUGGCAUUUCUCGCUAUCGCAAAGGAGCUGAAGCACAGAGCCACGCAGCAGCCGAACGAGCCCAAGUUCAAGAUCCACGACUACAUCGAGUCCCAGAAGCACAAGUCCGGCUGCUGCAGCCUCGGCUAGCAGAGGCCGGACGCCAGGCGGAGAGAGAGACGCAGAGAUGUGCUCUCUGUCUUUAACAACGACCAAUCCAAGCACCGAACCCAGAGAGGUGGAGGCCCUCCACCUUCUCCACAGAGCUUGUUUUGUUGUUUGUUUCCUUUGGUUUUAUUUGUUUUUUUGGCUGAAUGAAAGGGAAUCGGGCUUGGCUGCCAUCCCUUCGCUGACGUGAUUUUAAAUCGUUCGUGUACUGUGUAGAAACGUUCGUGGUCUUUGUGGUGACAGUUGUAUCAGGAGUUAGAACCUAAUAUUCACAGCGGGGACAAAAAGGUGUCGCUCGGACCAGAUAAACCACAGUUUUUAAGUGUUUUUAGCAUUUUGAAGCCAUGCAGCUGUGCGUCUAACU